AUGAACGUUCUUCACAUUUUCGCAGGUCUCGCCGUCGUGGUGCCGGGUCUGUACAUGUUUACAGCGACCCAAGCCCAGUCGGCCAUCAAGAACAAGCGCAUCUGUCUCUUGAUCGCACACCCCGAUGACGAAGCCAUGUUCUUCUCGCCGACCGUCCUCGCCCUCACAAAGCCCGAGAACGGAAACCACGUCAAGAUUCUAUGCUUGAGCACUGGAGAUGCCGACGGGCUUGGAGACGUUCGCAAGCAAGAGCUGGUCAAGAGCGGUUUGGCGCUGGGACUGCAAAGCGAGGAUGAUGUCUUCGUCGUGGACAACCUCACUGACUUCCCCGACUCCAUGACGAGAAUGUGGGACAAGAACCUGAUCGCUCGUCUACUAGGAAGCACCUUUGCGCCCAAAUUUGGUCACGAGCGCAAGAACAACAUCAAGCCUACGGCCAACAUUGACAUCCUUGUCACCUUUGACAGCAACGGCGUAUCUUCCCACCCUAACCAUAUCUCCCUGUACCUCGGUGCUCGAUCCUUCAUCCAGGCUCUUACCACGACCGAGUCGGAGUGGCCAAGCCCCGUCGAUCUAUAUACCCUCACCUCUGUGGGUAUCGUGCGCAAGUACUCGGCUUUCAUGGAUUUCAUCCCUACGCUACUGUCGUCCCUUGGGUUCAACAACCAGGAUAAGGAGCGCCCUGAAGGUCUGGUAUUCAUGAACCAACUUGUUGGUCGAGGCGCAUACGGCACCGCCUGGAGUGCCAUGACCCAGGCGCACAGGAGCCAGAUGGUCUGGUUCCGCUAUGGCUGGAUCACUCUCAGCCGCUACAUGACCAUCAACGACCUACGUCUUGAAAAGGUCCAGGCACAGUAA